GGAGCCGACCACUGGUGUCAUCACGCACCGUUGCCAAACAAUGGGCAGGAAAAAGCCACGUUGACGAAGUCGACAGAAGUGUGCGUUGUUUUUCAGCCAGGAAACUGAAGGAUUGUUUUUAUUUUGAAGACAACGAAGCAACUCUUUGGAAGAAGCGCUUGACAGCAGCCAUGUCAUCGCCGCCCAAAGAGAAAAUCGAGACCAAAGCUGGACAUCUUCCUGCUGUAAAAGCAGGAGGCAUGCGGAUAGUUCAGAAGCACCAAUCUGCAAAUGAUGUGCCAGACAAGAAGAAUGACAAAGACAGUAAAGAAUAUGAGACUGAGAUCCCACCAAAGCUACCUGUUGUGGUCUCAGGAGUUGUCACAAAGGGGGAUAAAGACUUCACUCCUACUGCUGCCCAGGUGGCCCAUCAGAAACCUGUGCCUGCGGUACAGAAGCUGCCCCUGGCCCACCACAUCAACCAGCACAUCCACCAGCCCCGGAAGUGAGCCUCACACAACUCUAGACCACCCCGGCCCCCCGCACAGGGCCAGGACCACACCACCCCAAACACCUGCUCAGGUUGCCAGGGCUCUCUUGCCGUCAAGCAUUCCGUACGCCCCCCUCCCCCUUCCGUCUGUGCCUGCAAGUGUCCUGUUUCCAACAGUAUCAUGACACACGUUCCUUUUCCUGUUUCUUACCUGUAGAUCAUUGCAACACUAAAAUUGAAAGCUCCAUUGCAAAUCACUAAUCAGAAACAUGUUAAUUAUGUGGGUCCACGUCAUGAGGGAUGCUUGGAGCUGUGUUUUAUUUUGUUUUAAUUUUGUCUUACAUAAAUAGUUCCAGAGAGAUGUAAAUUGUAUAAAUCCUUUUUUUUUUUUUUUUUUUGAAGUCGGGGAAUGUUGUAUAUUAGGCAUAAGGUACUAGGUGUGGCUAUCUGAAUAAAGAGUUAAUAUAAAACCA